AUGACCACCCUGCGCUUUGUGCGGCCGCCCCAGCCACUGGACUUCCUGGCGAGCGCGGGCACAGCCUCUCGCGGCAGCAAGGGCGUCGCGCCCUCGAUCGUCGACGGCUUCAACCCCAGCGACCUCCCAUGCAUCACCAGCCCUGCUGAGUACAUCAAGGCGUUCAAAAACAGGGAGGUGCGCUGCACCGAGGGGCUGCUGGUGCGACUCGGCGGGGUGGCAGCCGGCCAGGUCGGCACCAGUUGGUACACCGCCGUCGCGAACGGCCAGCUGCCCCCAACGCCCUGGGUUGAGGCGGAGAAGCGGCUGCGGGAGGGCUUUUUAUUCAAGUUUGCAAACUUCCUGGGAGCAGGCGACCAGCCCCAGAAGUACCUGGCAAUUGGGAACCCUGUGGCCCCGCGUGGAUCCAUUACCACCAUCCCCAAUGGCCUGGCGUUCCUGGAGCAGGUUGGGUACCAGCUUUCUGAUGCUGACAUCACCGGCCUGGGGCUGCUGAUGGUGGUGAGGGACCCCAAGACCCUGGAGAAGGGCAAGUUCAAGAAGGGCUACUACGGGAAGCUGCUGCUCAACGGAACAACAAUGCAAAUCCGCAAUGCCAAAGACGUCCCAAAGAAGAACACCAAGUGGGACGGCACAGUGCAGCGCUGGCCCAAGGCAUUCGUCCCCACAUGGCCAGUCGUGUUGAAUUACCUGUCCGGCUAUGUGAAGUCGAGCCUCAACACCACGCUCGCGGCCGCCGACGUCAACGCCACAGCCAAGGUGCUGAGCAGCAAGACGUUCCAGGAGCUCACCGGAUGCCCUGCCCUUUGCGUGUUUGAGGACCUGGCGUUCCCUGACGCAGUCGGUGGCAAGUUCCUCCCGCCCGCCAACACCCCGGUCCGCCUCGAGAAUUACGCCGCCGACGGCAGCUGCAACCUCACCGACGGCGUGUACCCGCCUGGCACCGUCACGGCGGCGCUGGUGGAGGACCCCUUCUCGGCCGCCACCCCGAAGCCGCUCGUGCCGAGGUUCAGGCGACUGCAGCCGGACGCGGCAGACCCGUUUGCCAGGACGUGCAAGGACGCAACCUUCAUAAGGUAUAGAAACAACAUCACAAGGGCCCUGUGCCCAGGCUUCACAGACCUCUCGGGCAACCUGAACGCCAAAGGCCUCCUCACCCGGUUCCUUGAGUUCUGGAACGAGCCUGGCGCCACCGCCGACACGCGGGCUCUAUUGGUCAAAGUCACCCUCAAUCUAGGUUGCAUGGGCACGUUCAACUACCUAUUCAGCGGGAACGGCCUCACAUACACAGGCACCGGGGGCUUCUUUGCACCGCUGGGACAGGAGCGCAUCUUGGAGCAGCUGACCCCCCUGAAGCCCUUCAACCCGGUGGCCAAGGGCACCCAGGGCCUCCCGCCUGCGUGCCCCAACCCAUCGGGCGACUGCUGGAAUGGCUUCCCGUAUGUCGGCGCCUCGUGCAUCGACACGGCGUUUGGCACGACCAAUGAGGGCCUGCUGUGUGAUUCCAAGGUCGGCCUGGGGGCGGCGUUUGUCCCUAUCUGCUUCAACGGCAACACACCCCAGACCGACGCGAGCAAGUACCCCAACAAUGACCCAACGUACGCCUGCUGGCCCACAACCGGCAAGCUCUGCUCCAGCGGCAGCGUCUGCUGCGCCAACCAUUGCGGCACCUUUGACGCCGCUUCCAGGAACUUUAAGGUGGCAUACGACCAGGCGUGCACGACCAACCCGGCCCUCGACGGCUGCAUCAAGAACGGCGGCAACUGCCGCCUCUGCCGCUACGCCACCGACGCCCCGUCGGCGCUGCCGCAGUGCCCGGCGUGCGUCUGCGCGUCCAACGGCAAGAACGGGACAGAGUGCACCGCCUCGGGCUACGCGUGA